AUGGACGUCACGCUCGGGCUCGAUAGUCUCAGACAGCUAUCAAAGUGUCUGAUCUGUCUGGCAAAGUUCGGCGAUGAGAUCUCCCUCAACGGCAACGAUGAUAAUCUCAAAUUAUCGGCCAUAUCUGCCUCGCUCUCCUCGUUUGCUCAGUUCGACCUCCGUCCGACAUUCUUCUCCAAAUAUUGCAUCACCGGAUCAUCCAAUGAAGAUACUGCCCAACUCGACAGAGACGGCACAAGCUCGUCAGACGCGACGAGCGGCAGAUCCACAUCGACUCAUCCUCGUACGGGCAAGACGCUGCAGAUGUCCAUCGUCGCAAAGGCCUUGACUUCAGUCCUGCGACCCAGCGUGAUCACGCAAGACGUCAUAGAGUGCUCCCUCACGACCACAAACUCCCUUAGAGCGACAAAUCUGUCUGGCUCAACAGCAGACAGCAGCGACGGAGAUCUCGAAGGCCAUCGUCUCGUCAUUCGACUCGUGCUCAAGAAUGGCAUCGUCAAGACUCAUCGGGUGACCUAUGGCGAGCAAGAGUGUAAAGUGGCCGUCGUCAGCUGGCAGAGCUGUACUUCGCGCUAUGUCGCAGCACCGAGAACGCUCAAAGACCUCGCAAAUCACUUCUGGGGCAAGAGAGGAGGCACCGAGGAAGUCACAUUCUUCUUCACUGAUGCGCUCGUCAAGAUCAAGAGCUUCGAAGACGCCCAGCUCAAACCUGGCAUGUCGGCAAGUGAAAUUUUCAAGCACAGGCCGAUGGCCACGACCGUCAUGAUGGAGACCGAAGAGUACGAUGCAUACGAAAUUCAUGGCAAUCCGCUCAUCACUCUCGGCCUCAAAGAGUUCAAAUCAAUCGUCGAUUUCGCAAACGGCAUUGGCUUUGCUAUCGAAGCAGGCUUCACCAAUGGUGGCAGUCCCUUCCUCGUUCGUGUCGUCUGCGAUGAAUUCGUGACCGAGUUUGUUCUGGCGACGUCUGAUGACGAUCCCGCCGAUAUAAAGGAAGAAUCAGACGCACGGACGAGACAGAACGGCAAAACAUCUGUCAUGCCACCGCCUCCUCUGCCACGCCAUCGUGUACCAUCCCAAGUGCCGAUGUCGACUUCCCAGCAGCCCGCACCUCAUCCUCGUCCAUCUGCAAGUCAACGUUCUCGCUCUGAUCUACCCACUCAGAAUCUACGAGACGUACUCAUGGAGCAGCCUCCACUCUUCAGACCUGCCAGUCAGUCUCAGAUUCCGCCCGAGAUGGAAGUCUUUGGCGAAGACGAUCUGGCCGAUGAUGACGCACUGGAGGAAGAGCUCGGCGUUCAGUCCACACAGGAGAGAUCCGAGCCUCUUGCCACAAACGGCAAAGGGCCUCACAUGGCCAACGCGGAAGAAGUGACGAUAGCGGUGGACGAAGAUCUCACUCAACCCGACUCGGGCUCUUAUAUUCCUCCUGCCGCAGCUGUACGUCAGCCGGUUAGGCAGACCACGCCGCUAAAUGGAGGAUAUAUACCCGACUCGGCUCCGCAGCCUUUUGUGUCAGAGCGAGAAACGCCUGGCACGGUGGGUCUGCUUACGCCGCCCCCUGCAUCGACCGGCCAGAGACCGAAAGACUGGCAGCUGUUCACGCCAUGA